AUGGAGAUUAAGUUUCAGAUCCAGAGAGGGCACUCGUUCAAUCUUGAAAUUGAUCCCUCCGAAACAAUCCGCGAUGUCAAAGAGAAGGUGCUUAACUCCCAGAACAUUCCCAUUGCCCGCCAAAUCAUCCUCUACCAUUACGAACUUCUCCCAGACGAUUUGAUCGUUUCGCAAUGCGAUCUCCAGCAUGGCGGCUGCCUUGUCCUCCAAAUCAGCCACGAUCCUGCAGCACCGUCGCCCAUGUCUGACUCAGACUCAGACUUUCUCCCGCAAUCGCAGCCAACGCGGGACAUGCAGAUGUCCAAGCUGAUUCCGAAUCCAUACGAUCCGUUAGGUAAGCGGCCGAUGACUCUAGAUAUUUCAUCCGCGUCAAAUAAAAAGGUUGAGGAGAAAUUGGAAGAGUCACGCUCACGGAUUGUGACGCUGAGCUUGAAGGCGCAUAAAUACUGGACUCAUCGUUUUCCUAUGGAAGCGAACUUGGACGAGACCGUUCUGAAGCUGAAGAAGUACAUUCUUGCAGAUCUGAGAAUUCUUGCAGGCUUUGAGAUGGACAAUGUGCCAGUAGAGAGGAUGGUGCUGCACUCGCAUUCAACGGGUGUGGAACUGCUUGACCAUCAGCUUCUUCGAGAUUGUGCGGUUUCAGAUAAUCAUGAGAUCGACCUCUCCCUCAAGGAACCCUAG